AUGGCUUACAAUGUGUCGUCACUCGUGACCGCGCUGUCGGAGAGUCGCAGGUUUACCAGUUUCGCAAGCGACAGCUUCCGGCUUCUCCCGUCGCGCCAACUCAUUGUAUCGCAACAUGGCGAUACUCUGUUUGCGUUGCCUCGCCCGAGAAGCGACAAGACAGAGGACCUUCUGCUAAGUGAGGACUUCGUACAGGGUGAAGGUAGAGAAGUGGCCCAGGACUACUUCCAGCGGCUGGCAGUAGAUGACCGCUCCGCGGUGUGUCUGCUAGAUGCAAACGAGGAGAAUCUCUAUAACGAAACAACGCGUUCGUCGAAAUGCGUUUACUCGGCCGGCGGAUUGGCGGCGUAUGCCGUCAACCAUGCAGAGGACACGCUUGCUGUAGCGCUCUGCAGCGGGAUACUGGCACUUUACGAUAUCGUACAUGACGACCAACACCCGAAACGUGACGCAAAUCUGCUUCGACUCGUCGGAUGCUUACAUCGCCUGCGGCAGCGUGGACGGAGCGAUUGCCGUUUUCCACGAAGGCUCGCCCUAUUCCUGAAACACAAGGCACCUAUUGCGACGUUCCAGGAUCACCUGAGCGAGGUGAACGACAUUGCAUUCCUUGUCGCGGAGGAUGAGGCCCAAUCUGGGUUUGUGUCGUGCGCAAGGGACUCCUACGUGUGCUUCUGGAGCUUGGACUUGAAGAAAAAGGAUGUUAAGAAUGCGGUGGCUUCCCACAACCUGUUGGUAAAAAAGCCGUUCAAGCGGUUGAUGCAAUUCGAAAGUGUCAUUGGGAUAUCCAUUGUCACGCAGGGUCUGAAGAAUCGGGGAACAGCGCCUUGGGCAGUUUUAGUUGCCACGGAGUCCGGACUGCUUAGACUCAUAGACCCGAUUACAGAGAAGGUCCUUCUAAAAAGAACCGCUGUAUACGGCCAAGGUGACGAAUUGAGAUCGGCGACACUCUGCAAAGCGACCAAUGACAUAGUUGUGCUUGGAUCAGCAGGUAGCCUGGGGUUUUACUCCGUCAACCUGGAGCUCAAGCACCAGUUGCUGGGAAACGUAGAUGGCGCCUUCCAGUUCCAUCUCUUCCAAGGGCCGCUUGCCGUUGACGUCCGUGGGCUGAGACGGCUUCUGGCAGAUGGCACCAUGCAUAGUGAUGGGCCGGCAGUUGGCAACGAUGCCACUGUGCCGGAAGUUACUAAAAAGUCAAGCAAAAAGAAAGCGUCGAAUUCCGCUGAUAAGCACACGGGCAAGCGUUCUCGUAACGUCAAGGAUGCGAUGGAUGUAGACUCUCCCACAGAGCAUGGUGAGCCUAAAAGUGAGGUGUGCUCAGCGGAGGGAAACGUUAGCGCAGGGACUAGAGCUGGGGCUCAGGAACUGCAUUCGUCGCAACAGGAUUGGUUGCAUUCGCUCGAAUGGCUGAACAAUCAGGUGGCUAAGGGAGUGCCGGUGAUAUUCAUACUGUGCGGUGACGACGCUAUUCGGCUGCUAGCACUCGAUGGAUGGGGAAGCUGCGUAACCCUCGGGUUGGCCAACGAAACCCACCGGCACAUGGACACGGUGCUGUCGAUAGCGUACUCCCAGACUGGGAACAUAUUGGCAUCCGGCGGCAAGGAUGAGCGCAUCAUCAUAUGGGACUUGAGGACGCUUACUGCCGUGAUCACGAUUCGCCUCGACGGUUUGAACGUCGCAUGUAUCGCAAUGCCCAGCGGAAUUAGCACGGACACAACUAAUUUCAGGCUAAUAGCCACAGGGAACAACGUAAUGAAGUCAUUUGAUGUGCCGACAUCCUGGGCUCUCUCAACUCCAGAUGCGUCAACAAUCCUUUCGGCGUCCAACCGGCAGCCUCUAAACAUCGCCAACGCGACUGCCACCGCCGUGAAACACAAAAAGCCAAUAAAUGCAGUUGCAUUCUCACACAACAGGAAGGUGAUCGCUUCCGCCGGCAGUGACAAGAUAGUGGUCAUAUAUGCGGCAGAGAACCUGAUUGUCAAGGGUGAAUGCGUGGGACACCGUCGAUCGGUGCUCUCGGUGGCAUUUACCGCCAUCAACAAAACCGUCGUCAGCGCGUCCAUCGAUUUGACCAUUAAGAUAUGGAACCUCAACGACUUCAGCUGCAUCAAGACGCUACAGGGCCACACCAAAGCUGUAAUGCGUGUCGUUGUGAUGCCCAACGACCUGCAACUGCUCUCUGUUGGCAUGGACGGUCUGGUGAAAGUGUGGAACAUCAAAACAUCGGACUGCAUAUUCACGGCAGACAACCACUCAGACAAGGUGUGGAACGUCGAGGUUGCGGGCUCUAACCUGAUGACCAUAUCGGGCAACGGCGUGCUAAUCUGGUGGCGCGACGUGUCAGCCGAGGUGGAGGCCAAAAAGUUGAUGGACGAGCGUGAAGAGGAGCUCAAGAGAACCCAGGUGGAGUCACUAGCGGCGGACGGCAAGUACAGCGAAGCUCUGUGCCUCGCCAUGGAGUUGCGCAAGCCCGCAAUGGCCAGCAAAAUACUGCAACGCCGCGCCUCCAACCAGCUCUUCCGCGUUGAGAAAGAGACAAACCAAGACGAUCUCUUCAAGUCGUGGGUGGCCCAGAUCAAGAAGGUGGAGGACAGGAAGAAAAUGCUGACCAUCGCAUUCGACUUCGUUCAGCUGUGGGUGUCAAAGGGUUCCACCAGCUGGAUGGCAAACUGUCUGCUGGCCGAACUCAUCGACCAGUUUACUCCAACUGAACUGUUUGUGGUAGAGGGUAUGGCGCAGCGUGUUGACAGCAUCCUGUCGCACCAGUCGUCCCACCUCACGCGCUUCCUCAACCUCUCGGAAAAGUCGCACCUGCUUGACAUUUUGCUCGGGUACAACAAAGCACCUGCAUCCGACACAAACGCGGCCAUGAUCUCCCACGACAUCUUGUACAAGUGA